UUUCUCACAUACAAACUGCCCUCUCGCUCUUUCUAUUCGCUUCGAAAACCGCAUCGGAUUUUCUCGCGCUUCCUCUCGAGCCAGUCAGGUUUCCCAUUUUCCCGAGAAAAUGAGAGAAAUCCUUCACAUUCAAGGCGGUCAAUGUGGAAACCAGAUUGGCGCCAAGUUCUGGGAGGUGAUCUGUGACGAGCACGGCAUUGACCCGACUGGAAGGUACAGUGGCGAUUCCGAUCUCCAGCUCGAAAGAAUCAAUGUCUAUUACAACGAGGCAAGUGGCGGAAGGUACGUCCCACGCGCCGUGCUCAUGGAUCUGGAGCCGGGAACCAUGGACUCCGUUAGAUCUGGUCCGUUCGGACAGAUCUUCCGGCCGGACAACUUCGUCUUCGGUCAGUCCGGUGCUGGGAACAACUGGGCCAAGGGUCAUUACACGGAGGGAGCUGAGCUGAUCGAUUCGGUUCUCGAUGUUGUCAGAAAAGAGGCUGAGAAUUGCGACUGCUUGCAAGGUUUUCAAGUCUGCCAUUCCUUGGGUGGAGGAACUGGCUCUGGAAUGGGGACGCUUCUCAUCUCCAAGAUCAGGGAGGAGUAUCCGGACAGAAUGAUGCUUACUUUCUCAGUAUUCCCAUCUCCCAAGGUGUCUGACACGGUCGUGGAGCCGUACAACGCUACCCUUUCAGUGCAUCAGCUUGUCGAGAAUGCCGAUGAAUGCAUGGUUUUGGACAAUGAAGCUCUAUAUGACAUCUGCUUCCGCACUCUGAAGCUAGCCACUCCUACCUUUGGAGAUCUCAACCACCUCAUCUCUGCCACGAUGAGCGGAGUCACAUGCUGUCUUCGUUUCCCGGGUCAACUUAACUCCGACCUCCGUAAGCUAGCGGUCAACCUCAUCCCUUUCCCGCGUCUUCACUUUUUCAUGGUCGGGUUUGCCCCUCUCACAUCCCGUGGCUCGCAACAGUACCGAGCCUUGACCGUUCCCGAACUGACCCAGCAGAUGUGGGACGCCAAGAACAUGAUGUGCGCAGCCGACCCACGUCACGGUCGGUACCUGACAGCCUCUGCAAUGUUCCGCGGGAAGAUGAGCACGAAAGAGGUGGACGACCAGAUGAUCAACGUCCAGAACAAGAACUCGUCGUACUUUGUGGAAUGGAUACCGAACAACGUGAAAUCGAGCGUCUGCGAUAUCCCGCCGAAGGGGCUGAAAAUGGCGUCGACGUUUAUCGGGAACUCAACGUCAAUACAGGAGAUGUUCAGGAGAGUGAGCGAGCAGUUCACGGCCAUGUUCAGGAGGAAGGCGUUCUUGCAUUGGUACACGGGCGAGGGAAUGGACGAGAUGGAGUUCACGGAGGCGGAAAGCAAUAUGAACGAUCUCGUGGCUGAGUACCAGCAGUACCAGGACGCGACCGUGGACGAGGAUGAGUACGAGGAGGAAGAUGAAGAGGAGGUCCCGGCUUAAUUUGUUGUAAUUAAUGGGAUUUGUACCAUGAGAAUUGAGAACCCAAAAAAAAAGAAAAAAAGAAAAAAAACCAACAGUACUCGUUGGCUAUUGUUGUCUUUGGUGUGCAAAAGUUGUAAUGAUGAACUAAUUUAGUUCGGUGUUUCUGUAACUUAAGUUGUGUAUUUUUUUUUCUGGCACUGAUCGUAUUUUUGUUGUAUUCU